AUGCUGAAUCAAUUUAAAAGCAAUGGAAUGAACUAUAAUUUCAAACCAAUUUUUAUCGCUUCGGAACCAACAACAACGGCUACGACCACGACUAAGGAACAGUCUCCGUUAAUUCCGACGACUCCAACCACGACCUCCUCUUCGGAAAGCAAUGUAUGGAGGCCAUAUGGAAUUGAUAAUUUUGCAUCAGUCGUUAAUAAUGAUCAUAACGCUACUCCUAACAGAAAUGGAUCCAAAAGCAGCAUGAUCAAUCAGGAGAGUGUUGCUCCUUCCAGUUUUACCUCGCCUGCCACUGCAACUUCCUCUGUAAUAUCUCCUUUUGAUUUUCUUUUUAUUAAUACUGGAAUAAUGUCUUCUCCAAUACCUUCAUUGAUGUCUCCUUCAGAAGAGCCUUUGGUCAUACAAGGAAAUAUAUUUGGAAAGAAAUGUACAUUCACUGUUGGACCAAAUGGUUUAAUUCCUGGAGAAAUGUGUAAAGACCAUGUAAAUAUUCCUUAUAAUGAUUUAGAAAUUUGUGGAAAAUACAUUGGGAGUGGAAGUUUUGGCCACGUUGUAGUAGCUCGACAUAAAGUUACCUCUAAAAAGUAUGCUCUGAAAAUGAUCUAUCAAGAUAGUGAUCAGCUAGAAUUUUCUCAAAGAAUGGAAUGGGCUGAAUUUGCUGCCAUUUAUCUUUGUAAUCAUGAGUCGCUCAUUCGAGUGCAUGAAUGUUAUUAUAGAAAUUUGUGUUUUUACAUGUUACUAGACUACUGCAACUGUGGAAGCUUGAGAGAUAUUUUCAAAAUCGUGCAAGCAGAAAAUUUAACUGAACGAAUUUUAUUUGUGAUUGUGGAAAAAGUAUUGAUUGGAUUGGAUUACUUACAAAAAAAGCACAUUAUCCAUCGUGACAUCAAGCCAGAAAAUAUUCUUGUUCGUUAUGACAAGGAAGAAAAGAAAGCCUCUAUCAAAAUCGGUGAUUUUGGAUUGUGUGGACACAAGAAAAUUGAGGCAGGCUCAACCUUUUUCAAAACAGUGAACGGAACGUUUAUUUAUCGAUCGCCCGAACGGUUACUGGAGAAGUCAUACAAUUACAAUAGUGACAUUUGGAGUCUGGGUGUUAUGGCUGUAGAAUUAAUCACAGGUCACCAUCCAUUAAAUGAAACUGACAUCAGCGGGGAAAAUUUACCCAAGCUUUGUGAAAUACCUCAAAAAAUUAUUAACGCAGCUAAAUCUUACAAAUCCGGAAAGAAUAAUGAAAAGAUGUUGAGUAGUGAAUUUAUAAACUUUGUCACGAGAUGUUGUGAGUAUGAACAAACAAAUCGACCUUUUGCAAGAGAUAUGCUUGAGCACGCAUGGAUUAAGAAAUUCAAAGAUCGUGACAAUGAUAGAAUUUUCUCUGAAUGGCUAACUGUAUUUUUCAUUCGAAAAAAGGCAAAAGGCGGCGUUUAA